AUGACUCGGCCCUACGAACCUCAUACCCACAUUCCACCUUUUGUGAAACCGCUCGCUCCUUACGUCAAACCCCGACAGGAAGCCCUCCGCAUCCGCCAGGCAUUGACGUCGUACCUGCGCUCGCUUAUCGUUUUUGACGAUGCAAAUCUUCCGAACCACGCCCAGUCCCACCUCGCCCUCUGCGCACCCUCUGAUGCCGUCGCGGACGUCAACCCCAUCCUUGCCGAUCUCACGGGACUGCGCAAGGAAUAUCUGAAGGCGCUUCAGGCCAAUGUCGCAGCGCGAAAGGCGCUUCGUGCCGCGUCUGAGGACGUUGCCUCCCUAAGACGCCAGCGAACGGCCCCUACCCAUCCUGCUGAAUUCGCCGAUCCGCAGGACCCGGGUACCGACCUGCGAGAUUAUCUCCAGCUCCUGCGCGAUCGGCGGCGUCAUGCCAAAUUACAGGUGUUUCAGCAUUACCUGGAACAGCUUGAAGGUAAAGAAGGGGUCGGGUUGGAAGACAUCGGUGCUUCGGAGGAUCGGAGCCCGCACCUGGUAUUGCCCGAGGGCUUCGAUGCAGAUGUGCCUGGUCGCAACGAGACCGAUACAGAUCUAGAGGGAUUGGUGCACAAACUUGAAAGAGCAGUGCUGCGCGCCCAGACACAAUUGGAUCGGGAGAAGCAGUUGUUCGAGAAAACCAAGGCUCAGUAUGGUUCGAGGAGGAGUGGAUCGGGCGAGAUCCCUCCAGCCGUCAAAGCCCAGGCAUUACAACGCACGCGGGAUGAACUGGUUCAAUGGGUUGAAGAACGGCUGGUCGUCGAAGGAGACCCGGACCAGAGUCUAGUGCAGGACCUUCCCCCCGAAGAAAUCGAGGAGGCCCAGCGUCUACUGGAGCAUCAAAAGAUGCAAAUCACCGAGCAGUACACUGCGUACUUACAAGCUCGACGAGAUCUUCUUGACGCCGCCUCCAGAGCCUGUCAAUCCGUGACCGUGACCUCGAAACCUCCAGCUCGGCCAACGCACAGAAUCGAAGCCGCUGCCGAAGAAGUACAACCACCCAAUGCACUGGACGUGAUGUCGUACGCAACCGAGACUCUUGUACCGCUCUCCAAGAGCCAGAAGGCUCUGGCUCUGCAGAAGUCUUAUCUGUCUGGAUUGCUUGCAAAGGAGAAAUCUACAACACUUCGGGCCCUGCGCCGUUUGAACGAUGAAAGUCAUCUUCUCCCCGAGUACCCAAUUCUUGCGCGACAGCCGCGCUUCAAACAUGUUGUUGCCUCCCUCAAUCCUCGCAGUCCACCGCAGUCCGAGCGGAACCAAUCAGACGAAGUGUUGAGCCUUGCGGAAGCAUGGUCCUUUGCCUCGCACGCAGCAGGGGCAAAUGAGCGAGACUACGUGCAGCAAAAAGUUGCGCUGGGCAAUGAGGUGGCACAGGAUGCGCGAAAGACACUAGAGGAUGUCUAUGGCAUUCUCAAUCAAGACCUGAAUGAGAUCAUUGGCGAAGAAGCGGAACACGAGGUGGAAACGGCAGAUAUUUGGGCCUCCGAGGCUCGCUCAACGCGAGGGUUCAACAAAUCUAGUGGAACCCGGAUAGAGAAGCGUCCGAGAGGCCCUUGGUCGGGACUAAAUGGGCGGGUUGGAGUGGAAUGA